GGCGCGAGGACCGAUCCAGCGAGCCCGAGCGAUCACUAAAAGCGUGGCCGUUGUCGUGUGAGGCCGCGCCUUUUGCGUGUGUCAGUCUUCCCGCCGUAUCUGCAGUUGGAAGUGUUAUCUUGCCUUAUGGCACCAAGAAGUCGGGACAUAGUAAACGCCUAUAGAAAAUGUGAUAUUUUGAUGAUCAAGAUUUAGAAGUGAGACUAAUGUGAAGUUCAUACAGACAUGCUUUAUUGAACUGGUUACAAGUGAACUAGCAAAGAUCGUUUUGGUACAAGACUGUGAUGUAACGCCAAGCCAAGACACUUGCCUUAAAAAUAGUGCAGUACAAAUUCCCAAUGCUGUGAUAGUUCAUCGUUCAAGAUUAAAACUAGUACAGAGACGUUGAUCCACAAGAAGAGAGAAAGUACAAUUUUCGACGUGAUAGAAAAUAGAUAAGAUUUAAACCCACUCCGUUGAUUGUUAUCGCUGAACGCUACAAGUAAACGCCAGGAAAAAGGACUGUCUGCGGAGAGACUUCGGUUCUCUAGAUAGACUGUGGACUAGAUUGCGCGAGCCUCCAGUUUUGAGGUCCACGUCAGAGGGACACAUCGCCAUGCUCUGUGAUUACAAGAUGGUUUUCCUUGAGGUCUUCACUACCCCGAAGGGCAGUACGGAGUGUAGUAGUAUGAUGGGAGGCAUGCGCCACUUCUCAGUCCACCUGGGUGCAGGGCCGCGGUGGUGGGUUUGAUGCCCCCCAUGCCGCCUACAUGUCUACUAGUGCAGAGGGCAGCGGCGUGGGGAAACCAUCAGAGCCCCCUGUGGCCGGCACGCGGUCCAAACCUGUGUCGGGUACUGAAGUAGUAUCUGCGGCUCAGAGUGGGUGUGCCCAUCUGAGCUUUGAAUUCCAACUGGCGGAGCAGACAACGGUUGUGUGGGAAACUGUUGUAGUUGGCCGUCGCCUCUACUUGUCAAUUGUGCACUUACCAGAGGGCAGCAAGGAGGCGUUUGUGUCACUGCUGGAGUAUGCUGAGGAAGUCCUUGGCUGCUCUCAUGUGCUAAUCUGCUUCAAGAAGGAUCGCAGUGAUCGAGCUAUGCUCAUCCGCACCUUCAUGUUCCUCGGGUUUGAGGCCAUUCCACCUGGCCAUCCGAUGGCACCCGCCAACAGUGAUCACUUCUACAUGCUCUAUGAGAUCGAGUAGUAUUGUCACAGGUCAAUGUUUCUGUAUUGUGGUUGGGUUUUGAUAGAUUGCAGAUUGUUCUCUCCCCUAUUUAUGAAUGAAUAAUAGCUGCAAGUUUUGUAUUUCACAGGUUUUGAUUUUCAGAAAUGUCAGAAGCGAUGAUUGAAUUAGAGGGAAGAACAGUGUGCAGUCUUUUUAACCCCAGAAUUGUCUGGUUUCCCCAAGCUGAGUCUUGUUGUUGUGGAGUGGGUUGGAAAUUGCUUCGUGGCAGGUAGAGGGCAGAGAGUAAGUGCCUUACUGCUGCACCACUUACGAGUAACUCACAGAAUUGCUGUAUUGACGUACAGUGUCCUGUUACUUCACCAUAAAGACUGGAGCAACACGUAACUUGUAUUGGGCAGAUAUUCUAUAGUUUGAACAUAUAUAUAUUUUCUUUCUUUGAGUGAUUUUAUAUAAUAAGGAAACUGUGGACCAAAGAUGUUCUCUCCUGUGCUUGUGUUUGAGGUUUCAUUUGUAAUUUCAUUCGGCAUAUUCUUAUGAUGUGCAAAAAGUGUGCCCUAAAUAGUAGUUCAAUAAGGCUUAUUUUAGCAUUCCUAAAUUUGAUAAAGAAAAUGAGCAUUAUUGAUCCACGGCUUGACUUUGCUGAUGGCAUCAGUGAUCAAAAUGGCAUCCUACGAUCUGAUCCUAUAUCAGGCUCUUUCCAACAAACUCCACCAUAACCUCUGCUGUUUGCUACUAGUAGGACAUGUAUAAAUAUAAAUCUCAAAAAACAAAACAAAAAAAAUCCUAAAAAAAAAAGUGGAAAACAAUAAAAUGUAAAAAAAAAGAUGACAAAAAAGAAAAAAAACAAAGUUGAUCUUCAUUCCAUGUAUGUUUUUUGAAUCUUUGUAGAUUCCCAGUAUGUUAUUCUUUCAUUUUAUCACAUGUGAUUCUACCAUUUUAUUCAGAUAUGUAGAUGUGCAGUUUACAGUGGCACUUGUAGUUCUUCACGAGUCACCAUUAUGAUUUUGUAUUAUAAGAUAUUUCCUUUCAUUGUACUGGGAGAAACAAUCAGUGAUUUCUUUUGUUCAUAUAUUCAAUAAAUCACACAAUAACUGUAAUUUUUUUUCUCCUGUUGAAGCAACUUAUAAUUGGAGAGGAUCUAUGGAAAAAAAAAGAAAACCUUGUUUGUUUGAAUUCUCAUUGAAAAUACUUCAGUUACACAAAAAGCGAUUGUUUCUUGGAAAAGAUUUGCUCAUUUUUUUGUUUGUUUUUAUGUAUCGUCUAUUAGAUGAUGCAGUAGUGACAGAUGUGGCCUUCGUCAACUAAUAGAUAACAGGAAAGUUUUAAUGUACAAAGCAUGUGCAUAAAAUUAAAACAACAUCACCAGUAUUUCCGACUUACAUUUUUCCUCCAUCACAUAUUUAGUUGAUACUUUUAGUUAGUUAUCUAUUUUGUAUCAUAUGACAAUUCGCAAAGUUCUUUUGCUGGAAAGUAAAAUAUUGUUAGGAACAUAGUGCAUUGUUGGUAGUAACUAUUUUCUUGUAUGGAAGAUGUGGUUUAACAAGAUUUUCACUUGUAAUAAUGCAUAUGCAUUUUCAUAAAUGACAAAGUGUGUAAGAGAAGUUGUACUUGAAUUACUAAGGAGUAGUUUAUUAGGUGACUAUGAAACA